GUAGAAGAGGGCAGAUUCUGCUCCACGCUCUCGGCUCUCCCCUCAGUGUGCGCGCGCUUCCCGCGUCUUUCCAGCGAUAGAAAAAAAAACACACACACACUUCCAGACCCGGCUCUGACUGGACCUAAAACAACAGGACGGAGAGGAGAGACUGGGCAGCUUCUGCUGAGAGGAGAGGAGGAGAGGAACUCGCUGAAGGACGAGAGGAAAAGUGUGAAGGAGAAGAAGAAGAAGAAGAAGGAGCCGCAGAAGCAGCAGCAGCUUUGCGCUCGUGCUGAGGCUUCCUGGGCUUGGAGUGAUAUGGCUGGCACUCCCAGCAAGCUCGCCGCACUCGUCCCCUGCGUGUGGAUUCUUGCGACGCUCCUCGACCCCAGCACUCAAAACGGGGCCGUCGCCGGACACCGAGAGCCUCUUCCGGAUGACAGCAAAGACAACAUCACCAUCUUCACCCGGAUUUUGGACCGUUUGCUGGACGGCUACGACAACAGGCUGCGCCCUGGCCUCGGAGAAAGCGUGACUGAAGUUCGGACCAACAUCUAUGUGACCAGCUUCGGGCCGGUGUCGGACACGGACAUGGAGUACACCAUUGACGUGUUCUUUCGGCAGAGCUGGCGAGACGAGCGGCUGAAGUUUGACGGGCCCAUGCAGGUUCUCCCACUCAACAACCUGCUGGCCAGCAAGAUCUGGACUCCAGAUACCUUCUUCCACAACGGGAAGAAGUCAGUGGCGCACAACAUGACCACGCCUAAUAAACUGCUGCGGCUGGUGGAUAAUGGGACCCUGCUGUACACUAUGAGAUUAACCAUUCACGCUGAGUGCCCCAUGCAUCUAGAAGAUUUUCCCAUGGACGCCCAUGCCUGCCCACUCAAGUUCGGAAGCUACGCCUACACCAAUAACGAGGUGGUCUACAUCUGGACGGCGGACGACGAGAAGUCCGUGUCCGUGGCUCCAGACGGCUCUCGCCUCAACCAGUACGACCUGCUGGGACACGUGAUCGGCAAAGAGACCAUCAGCUCCAGCACAGGAGAAUAUGUGGUGAUGACAACGUAUUUCCAUCUGAAAAGGAAGAUCGGCUAUUUUGUUAUCCAGACGUAUUUGCCCUGCAUCAUGACGGUCAUCCUCUCCCAGGUGUCCUUCUGGCUCAACCGCGAGUCAGUGCCAGCGCGCACCGUCUUUGGUGUCACCACUGUUCUGACGAUGACGACACUAAGCAUCAGUGCCAGAAAUUCUCUACCCAAGGUGGCCUACGCUACAGCUAUGGACUGGUUCAUGGCAGUGUGCUACGCCUUCGUCUUCUCAGCUCUCAUCGAGUUCGCCACCGUCAACUACUUCACCAAGCGUAGCUGGGCCUGGGACGGGCAGAAGGACGGCCAGGACAUGCGGACGCGCGAGUCGACCCCGUUCUCCAAGAAGGCCAACAACACUUUCAACAUCGUGGGCACCACCUACCCGAUGAGCGUGGGAAAGGACCCCGGGCUGACCACCAUCGCUAAGAGCGCCACCACCCCAGCUCCACCUCCACCCCAGCCAGUGCGAGAAGUUCGCCUGUCUAGGAUGGACGGGGAGUACAUCAUGGAGGGCGCGAAGAAGUCGUACAAUCGCGUCAGCAAAGUGGACAAGAUCUCACGCAUCAUCUUCCCUGUGCUCUUCUUCAUCUUCAACCUUGCCUACUGGGCCACCUACGUCAACAGAAAGCCAUCCAUGACGAGGUCCAAUGGCCAGAAAUGAACACGAGACAAAUGAAAGCAACCACAGAAACGACAAAAAAUAAAAAAUAAGAAGAACUGCCAGUCAAGUCUGGAGUAGCCAUACAAUGCUAUCAUUAUUGCUUUGCUUUUAUUUAUUAAUUUAUUACUGUAUUAAUUUUAUUGUAUUUAUUCGCCUUGAGACCAUUUGUUGUUGUUGUUGUUGUUGUUAUUUUAUUAUACAUUACUUUUAUAUUUUCAUGUGGAUAUCAACAGUCAGUUGAUAGUCAACUUUGUUUGUGUCUGUGUUUGUUAAUGCACAGUCCAGUCAGAAUAUUAUGACCACCUCCUUGUUUCUACACUCAUUGUCCACUUUGUACAGUUUGUAGUUCUAUAAUUACAGACUUGUAGUCCUGUAUCUCUUUCUCGGCAUACUUUAUUAUUAUCCUCCUUGCUUUAGAGGACCAACACAGAGCAGGUAUUAAUUGGGUUGGGGUCAUUCUUAUUGUCAUUGCUAUGGUCAUUCUUAUUGACAUGGUGGUUAGUCAUGUGUUAGGCUGAAUCCCACUUCCCUACCCCUUACCCAUACCCCUCUGUUUUGCGUGUGUACACCAAGAGGUAAAGGGUGUCCCGAAUCUUGUUAGGCUGGAAGUGUAGGUGUUUGAAGGGCUGUCCCAAUUCUUAGGGGGAGGGUUCCAAGGGGAAGGGAUACACUUGAAAAGAAGGGGUAUCAGGUGUUUGAAGGGUUGUCCCAAUUCUUAGGGGGACGGUUCCAAGGGAAAGGGUCACACUCGAAAAGAAGGGGCAUCAGAUGUUUGAAGGGUUGUCCCAAUUCUUAGGGGGAUGGUUCAGAUAGGAAAGGUUACACUCGAAAAUAAGGGGCAUAAGGCGUUUAAAGGAUUGUCCUAAUUCUUAGGAGUAAGGGUUCUAAGGGGAAGGGUUACACUUGAAAAGUAGGGGUAUCAGGUCUUUGAAAGGUUGUCCCAAUUCUUAGGGAGAUGGUUCCAAGAGGAAGGGUUAUACUCGAAAAAAGGGGCAUCAGGUGUUUGAAUGGUUGUCCCAAUUCUUAAGGGGAGGGUUCUGAGGGGAAGGGUUGCACUCGAAAAGAAGGGGUAUCAGAUGUUUGAAGGGUUGUCCCAAUUCUUAGGGGGAGGGUUCCAAGGGGAAGGGUUACACUCGAAAAGAAGGGGUAUCAGGUGUUUGAAGGGUGAAAUGGGAUUGGGCCUUAUUGUGUGUUGCACUUGUACAAUACGUGGAUCAGGCACAGCAGUGCUGCUGCAGUUUUUGAACACCAUAGGGUCACUGCUGCUGAACUGAUAAUAGUCUACCAAUCAGAAAUAACCUGUAAGCAACAUCCUGAGUGCAGUGUCCUUUCACUAGUGAUUACGGUCUUGUCAAUUAGUGUCACUGGAAGUCAGUGCUGACAAUGACCCACCACCAAAAUUAAAUCUGCUCUGUUGGGAUCUAUGGGGAUAUAUGGCUAUUAAAGAAUAGGAGAAUAGUGAAAGGAGGUUAAUAAGGUAUGCAGAGAAACAUCAGUGGAGCUGAUAAAAUGUGCAAUGAGUGCAGAAACCAGGAGGCGGUCAUGAUAUUUUGUUGUUUAUCAGAGAGUUGUCGUUGUACGGUAUGGUCUGACAAGCCGUGUGAGAUUCUUCAUCGCCGAGAUGAAAUCACUGAUGGCGCCACUCCAUUCAGGACGAUCACAAAGCCAUCUAGCGCGCUGUUAACUCACGCUCUGUACGUCACCAGACACAAAGCUCUGAGCCGUCGCCGCUCGCUCGUCGGUUGCCAUGGCAUAGUGAAUGCCUGUAGCCUUCAACAGCCAGCAGCGAUGUCCGUGGGUGCAUCAUUAAUAAUCGUCAGUGUCUGCUCUCGGAGGCUCGGCUGACCUAGAGCAAUAUCAUCUAGAAUUGCUUUCUCGUCCCCAUGGGUUCUGCGUUCUCUGUGUUUUCCAGUCCGGUGACUCUUAUUGUUUUAACAGCCCAAGUAGGCUCAAAGGUAAAGAAACGGUGUGCCUUCUCAAUGCCUCUCCUGUUGAGAUGAAUCAUUCGCCACACACUGAACUCGUCUUCAAGCUCACACUUUCCUAGCCUUGAUUUAAUGCAGCUGACUCCGACGGAGGCACUGGGCCAGCCUACUUCACAUGGCCGGUUUAGUCACCACCUGAGGCGUAUGUUUAUCGUCUUUAAAAAAAAAAAAGAAAAGAGAGAGAGAAACAUGAGCAGCAUCAAGCUGCUGAUAGCAGUAUGCCAUGAUGUUGAUCGUGGUGGGGAUUUUUUUGGAGGGAUUUAACCCUUUGAACCCUAAAAAGUUUUAAACUCUAUGUGCGGGCUUCAUACUCGGCCUUCAAAAUAAGUUAUUAUAAACAAUUUAUAGCACAAAAAGUAGGUAGUUUUUGUAAAUCUUAUACCAUUGGGAAGCCUGUUAAUUUCUCUUUUAAAUGGUUAAAAUGCUUGCAACAAGGAACGUUCAUUGUAGGAUGUAGAGCAGUAAAGCUAAAAAAAAGUUGCCAAAUCAUCUCUGCCAUUGCCAAACAGCUAAUUCUGCCACUGACUCGUUUGAUGAUCUUCUUUGGUGUCAUCUUCUUGGGACACCCACUUCACAACCUCUCUCUGACUUUGUCCCCUCCAUGGAACGUGGCCUUCAAUUUGUAGAUACUGGUAGGACUCAACAAAUAAUGAUGCAACUUGCAGAAAUUUUGCAGAUUACCAGCUUGAAAUUUCCCUAUCGCACAGGCUUCACCCAGGUCAGAAGCUUAUAAGAAGUGUCAAUAGCAACAGCAAAAUUAGCUGUUUGGCAAUGGCAGAGAAGAUUUGGCCAUGUUUUCAUUGGCACAACCCACAUACUCAGCUCUACAGCUCUACAAAUAUGGUGCCAUUAGAAAGGGAAAUGAACAGGUUUUCCAACAGUAUAAGACUUAUUGCCAAGAAAUAUUGAUACAACAAAGAAAUGCCAAUCUACCAAACACAAAUGUCCUUACUUUUUGUGCUGUGUUUAGUUUUUGAAUGGUUUACAAUAGGGGUGCCAAACAUGUCCACAUUGCGCUGAUGUGGCUGCAAAGUUUCAAUCCAGCCAAGCAGAUAGAUGCUCAGUUGGUAUGAGAUCAGUUGUUUCCAGACUGGAAACAACCCACUGAUUAAACAGGUGAAAUCAGGUGGAAUCAGUGUGCUGCUGGUUGUUUAAUAAUAAUAAUUAAAAAAACAACUUGCAGCCAAACUGUCUCUUUGUAGACAUGUUUGAAACCCCUGGUUUAUAGUAUAUGGUCACUACAGUACAAUCUAAAAAAUGCUAAAAGAUGCUACAAAGGGUUCUUUUAAAGAUGCCAUAGAACAACAGAAAUUUCAUGAAGGAGCUCAGAUUUUAGUCAAUU